AUGAACUCAGCGUUCUGUCUGGCCAAACUCUAUUUCUCUUGCCAAUUUACAGAGACUGAAGCCACACACCCAGAUUUCAACAAAGACAAGCCUAUUGAGAUCACUAAAUCCCCUUACCCUAACUGGAAGUAUAGGGAGGGUAUGCCCGAUAAUAAAAUAAAUCUUACUCAAAAGCAUCAUAAAAUCAAUCCCUAUACACCAGAUCAGCCAACAAUCAACAACUAUCGCUUACUACUCUCGGGCAUUGCACCCCGACCAAUCAGCUUCCUAAGCACCGUCAAUUCCGAAAAACAGAAGAACCUUUCACCCUUCAGCUACUUUCAAGUCAUCAACCAUAACCCACCAAUAUUUAUUAUAGGAUUCUCAUCGCGUCUAGGACGCGUUAAGGACACAUACCACAACUUGAAAGAGACUAGAGAAUAUAUCAUUAACACUAUCUCUAAAAAUAUAAUCAAAGCCAUCAACACUACUUCUAUUGAUACACCUUACAGUGCGCCAUCAACAACUAUAAAACCUUCGCGCGUGGAGGAGUCAGUCUUUAAUAUCAAAGACAAAAUUAAGGAAGGUACCACCGAUACAGAUUACAACCAUAUCAACCUAAACAAGCUACGGCCAAUUGGACAGCUUAACAGUAUUUCCUACAGCCAUAUUAUAUCAACCUUCAAGCAACCACGGAACAAGUAG